UCAUAAACACUUAACAAUCUUUUUUUUUUUGUCAAAAACACUUUACAAUCUCAUCUCUGCAUUGAUCAUAUAUUAUAUAGUCUUUUUUGUGUCUUUUGUUAAAGAAAUUUCUAAAAAGGUUUAAGAGAUUACAUGUUGUGUGUGUUUAGAAGAAAGCUUAGUUUCCUUUUCUCAAGACUUAGAUGGGUCAUCAAGAAACGGGUGAAGGCUAGAGUUAUUGUCAGGAGGUUAAGGAGAGCUCGAAGAACAGAGAGCCUUGAAACAGAAGUGUCUUCGUUCCAUCUGAGAUCAAACUCCAGAAGACAUAUCCGUGUUGCAACGUUCAACGUGGCAAUGUUCUCACUUGCACCCGUCGUGCAAAACAUGGAGGAAACAACUUUGCUUGAUCAUAUAGAUGACAACAACAUUAGAACUCCCAUCUCUCCAAAAGGGAUUCUGAAGCAGUCUCCGUUACAUUCUUCUGCAAUCAAGAAACCAAGGGUUUGUAUUAACCUCCCAGACAACGAGAUAUCCUUAGCACAGAACUUCAGCUUUCUGAGCAUGGUGGAUGGAGAGGAAGAUGAUAACGAGGGGAAGGAAAACAGAGGAAGUAACUCGAUGAGAUCACCUGUUUGUCUUCCUUCUUGUUGGUGGGAUCAAGAAAGCUUUAACGGAUACAACAGCAGAAGAAGCAUAGCUGAGUUACUAGGAGAGUUGGAUGCAGACAUAUUGGCUUUGCAAGAUGUAAAAGCAGAGGAAGAAAAGCUUAUGGAGCCGUUAUCGGAUUUGGCUUCUGCUUUAGGUAUGAAGUAUGUGUUUGCAGAAAGCUGGGCGCCUGAGUAUGGCAAUGCCAUACUGUCAAAAUGGCCCAUCAAGAAAUGGAGAGUUCAAAGAAUAGCUGAUGCAGAUGAUUUCAGGAAUGUGUUGAAGGUGACUAUAGAGGUCCCAUGGGCUGGAGAAGUAAACGUGUAUUGUACUCAACUUGACCAUCUAGAUGAGAACUGGAGGAUGAAGCAGAUCGAUGCAAUUACUCGAGGAGACGAAUCUCCACACAUCUUGUUGGGAGGCUUGAAUUCUCUUGAUGGCUCUGAUUAUUCAACAGAAAGAUGGAACCACAUUGUAAAGUAUUAUGAGGAUACUGGGAAGCCAACGCCUAGAGUUGAUGUGAUAAGAUAUCUCAAGGGAAAAGGAUACUCAGAUUCAAAAGAAUCAGCAGGAGAAUGUGAGCCUGUAGUCAUUAUUGCCAAAGGCCAAAAUGUACAAGGAACAUGCAAGUACGGGACACGAGUCGACUACAUUCUGGCAUCUCCAGAGUCACCUUACGAAUUUGUUCCAGGCUCGUAUUCAGUAGUUUCUUCCAAAGGUACUUCUGAUCACCAUAUAGUCAAAGUCGACUUAGUUAUAACCAAAGACCGGUCUAGUGGUAGCUUCAAGCAUUCUCGCAAGAAAGCAAAGCAGAAGAUCAUCCGGAUGAAAGCUAAUUUGAUGUCGUACGAUACAUGUAAAUAAGGAAGUUUUAUGUUUUCUAAAGUCUGGCUAAUGAACUUAUACACACUAAUUAAGGAACUCUUGCUUAUAUAGUUAUAUUGUAACGUUUUAUUCUAAAAUGCUAUACAAUAUUUUGUGGUUAGAAAGAAAUAAAAUCAUGAUUUUAUUCGGGUGUCUGAUCGGAUACCUAUUAGUCAAGUUACCUAUUAGUCAAGUUAGUCAAUUCAUGUUUGGACUUUUGUGUCCAGUUAGAAUACCAAUGCUUAUAAAUAUUCAUUCUGAAAUUGCGAGCCUGUUAUUUGUAAAAUCUAGGGUUAAUUUACAAUUUCUAUACAUAAAAAGUAAUAAUAUUAAAAUAAAAUAUGAUAUAUAGUCAUGACAUGACAUGUUCGAUAGACUCAUGCGACUGAUCCGAAUCUACUUCAAAUCAAUGCGACUGAUCCGAAUCUACAUCGAAUCAGUUAAUCAGAGAAAAAACGAUGAUUAUUCCGAGAUUAGUUUUUAAUCAUUUUAUCUAUACACAUGUUUAAUAUAUAUAUUAUAAUUGCAAAACAAAUCAGUAGAAACGUUUUGUUUAAUGGACUUUUUGUUGACGUCUUCUCUGAGAUCAUAAGUUUGAAUCCAAAUUGUAUUUUUGUUAAAAAAAAAAUUGUUUAAUGAAUUAUAAAAUUACGCUUAUUUUUUACCUAGUAUCUGAAUUUAUACAAUUAUAUUUCAACCGACUUUGUUACUUUUGUGGUUGAUGAUUGUCGAGUAUUUUUACUAUUCACACUAGGUAAGGAAUCCGCGCGAUAUCGCGCGGAAACUCAUUUUAUGAAAAUGUCACAUUUUAUAAAAUAAUAUUUUUUAAAAAUGGUUAUUGUUUUCACAGAAAAACAUUUGUUUCUUGCAUUCAGCUAUAUUCUCUUAUUGAUUACUGAAAAUCUAUAUUUUGUUCUAUAGAUUUAGUGGUAA